UCUCUGUGUUUGAACAUCGACUGAUUCAACCCACGGUCCUCUUCUUAAAAUAUAUGCAUUACUCAUAAACUGAUAAACAAACACCAUGUUAGUGUAUAACCACGUUCUUUCAUCUGAAGUCUCCUUGGGGGACCAGCACCAUACACCUCUCCUCUCUACAUUUUCACCAUCUCCCACUAUAAUGUAGCAUUUCUUUAUUCCAAUUCCAUGUUAUAUAUAUUGCCCACACCAGUUACCCAUCUCUCUCGGUCUCUUUUUCUGUACAGAAAUUCUCUCCCCCACCCUGCAAGCAAAGCAGCUUUCACUUUGUUUUCGUUUUUUUUUUUGGGGUCCUUCCUUUACCUUUCUUUAUAUUUCUCUCUCCUUUUGGUUUCUGGGUUUCCGUGCUCUCUCAUUGAGAUCUGCUUCAAAAUGGGGCUUCUCCAAGGCACUUGUAGUAGCUCAAGGGAGGCACCUUACGGCCCGAAUGACUCUUCCGCUCUAACUAAAAAUCACUACUGUGACUACAAUGAGCACAAAGUCAAGUCCAUUUUGAGGAAAAUGAUUUGGGAACUUGGUUUGGCACGUUUUCUUCCAGCUCGCCUCAGGCGAAGCUCUAGCAAGAACCAGAGCCAGGUUGACCAAAGCAACAGCAUUAGCAACAAGAAUUUGGAACACAACAAGGCAUGGCUGCUCGCAGAGUCUGGUGGGUGUGGUGCGGAGUUGACAAAUGCCGAGCCACAAUCGGUUCAUUCAUCUUUCAGGUUCAGUUUUUGCUCCCAGGUUGAACUCGAUACUCUGAACAUGAAUUCGUCGACUGCUGCUACCAUUUUGAUGGUGAAUUUGGAUAGUGGAAUGACGGAGUCUCGAGCAAGAGAGCUCAAGUGGCGCAGAAUCGAGUCAUUGGAGAGGAGCAUUUCCCCAGUGGCCAAUACUCUGAUCAGAUUCAGCUAUGGUGAAAUUGUUUCGGCUACUCGCAAUUUCUCGAAAGGCAGAGUUUUGGGAAGAGGGGCUUUGAGCUGUGUCUUUAGGGCGAGAGUUGGGCUCUUGAGAACGGCCGUGGCGAUUAAGCGAUUGGACAAGGAAGAUAAGGAAUCUGCAAAGGCAUUCUGUAGGGAAUUGAUGAUUGCUAGCUCUCUUCACAACCCAAAUGUUGUUCCUCUGGUGGGUUUUUGUAUUGAUCCAGAGGAGGGCCUUUUCUUGGUGUACAAGUAUGUCUCUGGUGGAAGCUUAGAGCGCCAUCUGCAUGGGAAGAAGAAGGGCUCAAAAGCUGGUUCUUCACUUCCAUGGUCUGUGAGGUAUAAGGUAGCUAUUGGGAUUGCAGAGGCAAUUGCAUAUCUACAUAAUGGAACUGAGAGAUGUGUCGUUCAUAGAGACCUCAAGCCCUCUAACAUUCUCCUUUCUUCAAAGAAGAGACCGAAGUUAUGCGAUUUUGGAUUAGCUACGUGGACUUCUGCACCAUCAGUUCCUUUCCUCUGCAAAACUGUCAAAGGAACAUUUGGUUAUUUGGCUCCUGAGUAUUUCCAGCACGGGAAAGUAUCCGAUAAAACUGAUGUAUAUGCUUUUGGGGUAGUCUUACUGGAACUCAUUACUGGCCGGAAGCCAAUUGAAGCUAGAAGGCCACCGGGAGAAGAAAACUUGCUCCUAUGGGUAGGUUAAACUACCGCUUCUUUUUAAGUUGCCUUCAAUUCCAUAUGCUUCUCAUAUUGGAAAAAGAAAGUUCUCCAAUAACAAAUUAUUGUCCAUAGCCCAAACGGUCAAACACACAUUCAUUCGAUCAGGUGGACCACUCAAUCGGUAAAGAACUUAUAAAUCAAUGGUGUCCCAGAGUACUGCAUCAGUUUUCUGAUAUAUUAGAUAAUCUCUCCAUUUGAUUAGUUUUCUGUAAAGAUUGUUUUUUGAUGGGAUCAACAUUUUUCUCUAUAAGGAGGCAGAUAUAAAUGGGUGAACACCAUAUAUGACCUUGGCAUAUGGCUAUUAAACUGUACAAAAUUGUUCUCAUGACUAGGAGUAUGAGAUUCUUUAUGCCUUGCCAAAACUGUUUGGUGCUGCACCUUGAAUGUUGCAUUUUAAAACAGACAAUUUAGUUUUGAGUCCACACUGAAACUAAUGAACUUCCAAAUUGGAUUGAAUUUCAAAUUGGGCUUUAGACAUUUGGUCCAAGGAAUCCCCUCGUUCCAUAGUUUUUAAGAUUCACAGACGGCUACAUUAAUACUUUUAACUGCACUCAGAUUCUCUAAAGCCACUGGUUUCAUACUUUUAGUAGCCUAAAAUUAGUUUGAAUUGCACUCCCAUAGGUUCUUGCAUGGUUCCUAAUUGGUGGAAUCCAAAAUAUUGUAGUUUAACUUGCG